GGCAGGAUCAGGGACAGUUAGUCUUUAAAGCCUGUACCCUCUCUUGUACCUCCUCUGAAAAGCAGAGUGAAGAAGGAGCAGCAGUGCUCUGUUCUUUUCUCCUUUCCUUUUUCCUGCCUGUGCCCACCUGUCUACCUGAGCUGGAAACAUGUCCAAGAAUCUCCACUCAACCAUGGACCCCACCAAGAUGGGGAUCGGACGCUCCAUUGCUGUGCUGACGUCAGGAGGAGACGCUCAAGGUAUGAACGCUGCUGUCAGAGCAACAGUCAGGGUGGGUCUGUACACCGGAGCUAAAGUCUACUUCGUUCAUGAGGGCUACCAGGGUCUGGUGGAUGGAGGAGACAACAUCCGUCCUGCCACAUGGGAGAGUGUGUCCAUGAUGCUUCAGCUGGGGGGUACUGUGAUCGGCAGUGCUCGCUGUAAGGACUUCCGCUCCAGAGAGGGUCGCAUGACUGCAGCUUGUAACCUGGUGAAGCUGGGCAUCACCAACCUGUGUGUGAUCGGAGGAGACGGCAGUCUUACAGGAGCCAACGAGUUCAGGACUGAGUGGAGCGGCCUGCUGGCGGACCUCCUCAAAGCUGGUAAGAUCACAGACGAAGAGGCAAAGAAAUCUUCCCAUCUGAACAUCGUGGGCAUGGUGGGCUCCAUCGACAAUGACUUCUGUGGCACUGACAUGACCAUCGGCACUGACUCCGCCCUGCACCGCAUCAUUGAGGUGGUGGACGCCAUCACCACGACAGCCCAGAGCCACCAGAGGACGUUUAUCCUGGAAGUAAUGGGCAGACACUGUGGGUAUCUGGCCCUGGUGACGGCUCUGGCCUGUGGCGCAGACUGGGUGUUCAUUCCAGAGAUGCCCCCAGAUGAGGACUGGGAGAACCACCUGUGCAGGAGGUUAACGGAUCAAAGAGCCAGAGGUUCUCGUCUGAACGUGAUCAUUGUGGCUGAGGGCGCCAUUUCCAGAGAUGGCAAAGCGAUCACUUCAGACCAGAUUAAAAAGCUGGUGACCGACAGACUCGGCUUUGACACUCGUGCCACAGUUCUUGGACACGUACAGAGGGGAGGAACUCCCUCCGCCUUUGACAGGAUCCUGGGCAGCAGGAUGGGUGUGGAGGCAGUGAUGGCGCUGCUGGAGGCUACUCCAGAGACUCCCGCCUGUGUGGUCAGCCUGUCAGGGAACCAGGCGGUCAGGCUGCCACUCAUGGAGUGUGUGCAAGUGACCAAAGAUGUGACUGCCGCCAUGGCCGAGGGCAGAUUUGAAGAUGCCAUCAAGCUCAGAGGAAAAAGCUUUGAGAACAACUGGAACACAUACAAGCUGCUGGCUCACAUCAACCCUCCAGAUGUUAAGAGCAACAUCAAUGUGGCCAUUAUGAACAUUGGCGCUCCCUGCGCUGGCAUGAAUGCUGCUGUUCGCUCAGCUGUCAGGAUGGGAAUCAUCCAGGGUCACACCAUGUUGGCUGUAUAUGACGGCUUCGACGGUCUAGCUAAUGGUCAGAUUGAGCCUAUUACCUGGACUUCAGUGAGCGGAUGGACUGGGAAAGGAGGCUCAAUGCUGGGCACCAAGAGAACUUUGCCCAGUAAAAUGUUGGAGGAAAUCAGCCAGAAUAUCGCAAAGUUCAACAUCCAUGCUUUGGUGAUCAUCGGAGGAUUUGAGGCUUAUGUGGGAGGCCUGGAGCUGGUUCAGGCCAGAGAGAAAUACGAGGAGAUGUGCAUUCCUAUGGUGGUCAUCCCUGCCACCGUCUCCAACAACGUGCCCGGCUCUGACUUCAGCAUCGGCGCUGACACUGCCCUCAAUACCAUAACCUCUACAUGUGACAGGAUCAAGCAGUCUGCAGCAGGGACGAAGCGUCGUGUGUUCAUCGUUGAGACGAUGGGUGGAUACUGCGGCUACUUGGCCACCAUGGCUGGUCUGGCUGCUGGAGCUGACGCCGCCUAUAUCUUCGAGGAGAAAUUUAACAUAAAAGAUUUGGAGGUGAAUGUAGAACAUCUUUUGGAGAAGAUGAAAACCACCGUUAAGAGAGGGCUGAUUCUCAGAAAUGAGAGCUGUAACUCCAACUACACCACCGACUUCAUCUUCAGCCUGUACUCGGAGGAGGGAAAAGGCGUCUUUGACUGCCGUAAGAAUGUUCUGGGACACAUGCAGCAGGGUGGCACUCCAACACCCUUUGACAGGAACUUUGGCACAAAGAUGGGGGCCAAGUCUGUCCUGUGGCUGACUGAGAAACUCAAAGAGUGCUAUAGGCAUGGUCGAAUCUUCGCUAACACACCAGACUCUGCCUGUGUGCUGGGCAUGAGGAAGAGGGCUCUCACCUUCCAGCCUCUUGCUGAGCUGAAGGCAGACACAGAUUUUGAGCACCGCAUCCCUAAAACACAGUGGUGGCUGAAGAUCAGGCCCAUCAUGAAGAUCCUGGCGAAGUACAAGAUCAAACUGGACACAUCGGAACACACUGACAUGGAGCAUGUGAUCAAGAAGAGGAGUCCUCUUGGAAAAUAGACUCAACUUUGAAAGAAACAGCUGCAACUCCCUCCACUCUAACCUGAAUGUGGAUCUUUUUUUUUUUUUUGGUCGAAGAAGUCUGAAAAAAAAUACACAAUAAAUUAUAUUUCAAAAGAA